UUUGUAAAAUCUGACUACAGCUGCUCAUAGUUGGUUAUGAUUUACAAUAUCUUGAAUGACCUUUUGCAUUAAGAAUUGUUUUUUUUAUCAACUUCUUUUUUGCAUUUUUCUUUAUCUUGAUAUUUUGUUGAAUAUGCCUUUGCAAAAUGCUUCAAUCAAUGUAACAGAAUUUAUUAUAGGUGGUUUUGACAAAACCAAAAGGCCUAUGGUAGUUGGUGUGGUUAUAUUGAUUACCUAUGUUCUAUCCAUUCUAGCCAAUAUGUUCAACAUCCUCUUCAUUAUUUAUGACCAGAGAUUACACAAACCAAUGUAUAUUUUGAUUUGCAACCUUGCUGUUGUUGAUAUAAUGUACACCUCCACUUUUGUGAAAUUAUCCUCAAAUAUUGACAAAAGAAAAAUGGGCACUACUUGCUUGAGUCACUUAAUCGUAGUAAUGGGCUAUUACAGUCCAAUAUUUACCAACAGUGUCUUGACCAGGAUAGGCUUGGUGGUGGUGGUGGUGGAGGGGGGUUGA